UAUUUUUACACUUUUUGGUAAACUAGGAGAGGGAAUCAAGGAUAAUUCUUUGGACAUUAACAGAUUAUUUUCAAGUCUAUUUUUGAUAUAACUUUUACAACAUGCGUGAAAUCGUACAUAUUCAAGCAGGCCAAUGCGGCAAUCAAAUUGGGGCUAAAUUUUGGGAAGUCAUCAGUGAUGAACAUGGAAUUGACCCCACUGGAGCUUACCACGGCGAUAGCGACUUGCAGUUAGAGCGGAUAAAUGUUUACUAUAACGAAGCCACUGGAGGAAAGUACGUGCCUAGGGCUGUGUUGGUGGAUCUGGAACCUGGUACCAUGGAUUCCGUUCGUUCUGGGCCAUUUGGCCAGAUUUUUCGUCCCGACAAUUUCGUAUUUGGUCAAUCAGGAGCUGGUAAUAAUUGGGCAAAGGGCCAUUACACCGAAGGUGCGGAGCUGGUUGACUCUGUGUUAGAUGUGGUUCGAAAAGAGGCAGAAGGCUGUGACUGUCUACAAGGGUUCCAACUCACCCACUCCCUUGGCGGAGGAACUGGUUCGGGACUGGGAACUUUAUUAAUUUCAAAAAUUCGUGAGGAAUAUCCUGAUAGAAUCAUGAAUACCUUUAGUGUUGUGCCCAGUCCAAAGGUUUCAGAUACCGUGGUGGAGCCUUACAAUGCCACUCUAUCAGUUCACCAGCUCGUUGAGAAUACAGAUGAAACAUAUUGCAUUGAUAAUGAAGCCCUAUAUGAUAUUUGCUUUAGAACUUUGAAGCUGACGACUCCCACCUACGGAGAUUUGAAUCAUUUGGUGUCCGCCACAAUGAGCGGAGUUACGACUUGUCUAAGAUUUCCGGGUCAACUGAAUGCUGAUUUAAGAAAAUUGGCGGUAAAUAUGGUACCUUUUCCGCGCCUCCAUUUCUUCAUGCCUGGAUUCGCUCCUUUAACCUCUCGUGGAUCCCAACAGUACAGAGCUCUCACUGUACCAGAAUUAACACAGCAGAUGUUCGAUGCCAAGAAUAUGAUGGCAGCUUGUGAUCCACGACACGGAAGAUACCUUACUGUGGCUGCAGUAUUUCGUGGUCGCAUGUCAAUGAAAGAAGUAGAUGAACAAAUGCUUAAUAUCCAGAAUAAAAAUUCGAGUUAUUUCGUUGAGUGGAUACCGAACAACGUGAAAACCGCUGUUUGCGAUAUUCCACCUAGGGGUCUGAAGAUGUCAGCGACAUUUAUUGGAAAUUCAACUGCCAUCCAGGAGUUGUUCAAACGUGUUUCAGAACAGUUUACUGCUAUGUUUAGACGAAAAGCUUUCUUGCACUGGUACACUGGUGAAGGAAUGGAUGAAAUGGAGUUUACUGAAGCAGAAAGUAACAUGAAUGAUUUGGUAUCAGAAUAUCAACAAUACCAAGAAGCUACUGCUGAGGAAGAGGCUGAAUUCGAAGAUGAAGAAGAUGGUGGUGAUUAGAGGAGAUGUCACCAACAUUUCAAGUCUUUUGUCAUCGAGAAAGACCUCAGUAUGUAAAACAAUUGUCAAAACAGAUACUGUAUUUAUUGUUAGUACUGCAAUUUUGAUUGUCCCUCACACGUUUGCUGCAUUCGUCGCCAAGUCA